UUUGUGCGGGGCGGUGGGCGGACUGCCAUCUUUGUGCGGGGCUGCGCUUCCGCUGGCGCGGGCGCCGCGGCUGGGGCUCCGCUGAGGGUCGGCCGGAGAUGGAGCCGCUGGCGCGCGGGCCGCUUGGGCUGUGGCUGCUGCUGCUACUCCUCCCCCCAGUACCUGGCCGCCAAAAGGAGUCAGGUUCCAAGUGGAAAGUGUUUAUUGACCAAAUUAACAGGUCUUUGGAGAAUUAUGAACCAUGUGCAAGUCAGAACUGCAGCUGUCACCUUGGGGUCAUGGAGGAGGAUCUGGCUCCUUUCCGAGGAGGAAUCUCCAGGAAGAUGAUGAUGGAGGUGGUGAGUCGAAAGCUGGGCACCCACUAUCAGAUCAUUCAGAACAGAUUGUACCGAGAGAAGGACUGCAUGUUCCCUUCAAGGUGUAGUGGUGUUGAACACUUUAUUUUGGAAGUUAUCGGACGCCUCCCUGACAUGGAGAUGAUCAUCAAUGUGCGGGAUUACCCUCAGGUGCCUAAGUGGAUGGAGCCUGCCAUUCCAGUCUUCUCCUUCAGCAAGACCUCUGAAUACCAUGACAUCAUGUACCCUGCUUGGACGUUCUGGGAAGGGGGUCCUGCUGUCUGGCCGAUCUACCCGACAGGUCUCGGACGGUGGGAUCUCUUUAGGGAAGACCUGGCAAGGUCAGCAGCACAGUGGCCAUGGAAAAAGAAAAAUUCCACAGCAUAUUUCCGAGGAUCAAGGACAAGUCCAGAACGAGAUCCUCUCAUUCUUCUCUCUCGGAAAAAUCCAAAACUUGUUGAUGCAGAGUACACCAAAAACCAGGCCUGGAAAUCUAUGAAAGAUACCUUGGGGAAGCCGGCUGCUCAGGAUGUGCACCUUGUUGAUCACUGCAAGUACAAGUAUCUGUUUAAUUUCCGUGGUGUCGCUGCAAGUUUCCGGUUCAAACAUCUCUUCCUUUGUGGCUCGCUCGUUUUCCACGUUGGGGAUGAGUGGCUGGAAUUCUUCUACCCGCAACUGAAGCCAUGGGUUCACUACAUCCCAGUCCAAACAGACCUCUCCAACGUUCAGGAGCUGUUACAGUUUGUAAAAGCAAAUGAUGAUGUAGCUCGAGAAAUUGCUGAAAGGGGAAGCCAAUUUAUUAUAAACCAUUUGAGGAUGGAUGACAUCACUUGUUACUGGGAGAACCUGUUGACUGAAUAUUCCAAAUUCCUGUCCUAUAAUGUGACCAGGAGGAAAGACUAUGAGCAGAUCCUUCCCAAAAUUUUGAAAACUGAACUCUAGUAGUCACCAUCAGACCAUGGGCCUCUCCCUGGAGCAGAUCUUGGAUGUCCUGUGGUGAGGAGCUUACCGUGAAAGGGGGCAUUUUGACCUUGAAUACUGUUAUUAAGCCAAAAAAUAUGAUUUUUCUUCUCAUGCUGCACAUAGAGCAACUCUGGAAGAAGAUCCAAAAUGUGUAUAAUACAGACUAGAAGCAGCUUACUGCUUUGGCAGAAGAAGGGCCAGAAAUCAUGAGAUACUGGUUUUGAACCCAAUCUUACCUUUUAUUUUCUAAUGACCAGUCACAGCUUGUGCCUCAAAUCAUCCGCAUGCCUGUUUUCAUCACUGUGAAAUGAACUGUGUGAGAUGAUGCCCUUGGUUCCUGUUACUUGGACAGAAACUUGAUCACUGCAAUUCUGCAGAUGUUCCAGACUUGAUUUUUGUCACUGUGUUUUAAUAGGAAACACUAACAUGUGAAAAAUAGCUGGGAUCAGUUCCUGAAAAGCCUAAGGGUGCAGUGGUUUUUGUAGAAACAUAAAUGCUCAGGAGGUUUCUAAGUAACACAUAGAAAGGGGCCAGUUGGAUAUCAGGUUCCCUUUUCUGUGCCUUCGCAGCCUUUUUUUUUUUUCCCCUUUAAAGGUCUCACAAACCAAAAAAGAUGAAAAUUUCUUAGUUAAUUUAGGAAGUAAUCCUUACUCUUUAAAGGGAUUGUGUGUAAAACAGCACACAAUCCUCACAGUUGCACACCCUUGAUUUUGUUUUAAAUACGGACCACACCUGGUGGUACUGACCGGGAGAAUUGGGUGGGACAUGGGGGGCACAGGGCAUGUCCUUUGGGGGUUCACUAUGUGAUGCUGGGUUGUGUGGAAGUUUGUGGCAUCAUAGAUUGAGCUCAGGGCCUUGCAUGUCACACUCUCAGCAUGUUCUACCACUUUAGCGAUUUCCCCCGCCCUGUUUUCUUCUUCUUUUUUUUCCUUUUUGGGUCACAUCCGGCAAUGUAUAGAGGUUACUCCUGGCUCUGCACUUAGGAAUUACUCCUGGCGUUGCUCAGGGGACCAUAUGGGAUGCUGGGAAUAGAACCAGGGUUGGCUACGUGCAAGGCAAACACACUACCCACUGUGCUAUUGCUCCAGCCCCGUUUUCUUCUUAAAUUGACUGUGUGACAAGAAUACCAAGGGAUCUUCAUAUGCAAAAUGGUGAGUUCAGAGCUUUCAGUUUUAACACUGAUUUUUUAAAUGAGAUGUUUUAGUACAAAUUUAUGUUAGAAUGCCUUUUUUCUCGUUUCCAUUGUAAAAAAGAAUUUUUACUUUAAUCUCUCUGGAUACAUUCCCUAAUGUCAAAAAUGAGGAAAUUUUUAGAUAUGAUUUUGAUGACUCAGAAUCAUCCCUUCGGACCCAACUUUUUUCACAAAGAAAAAACUCUUUUCCUUUGCCUUUUAAGAACUCUUAAGAAGAUUUUCUGGAAUAGUACAGAGGCUAAGGUGCUUACCUAUGUGUGGCCAAGCCUGGUUUGAUCCCUGGCACCACAUAUGGUCUCCCAAGUACUGCCAGGAAUGAUACCUGAGCACAGAGCUGGGAGUAAGCCCUGAGCACCUCUGGGCAUGGCCCAAUUACCCCCUCCAUCCAUUAGCAAAAAUUAAACUCUCUUUCACAAAAAUUUAAAUGUAAGGAUUUUCUUAGAGGAAUUGAAUAUCCCUACGAAGCUCAUUACAUGGAAUGAGGCAGAUACUUUGGUUUGGAGUGUUCAGAAUUCAUGGGGACUGUGGCCCGGGAUGCUGGCAGUCAGGCGAUAAGCGUUUAUAAAGUUCCAGUUGCUUUGUCAUUUAUGAGGCCUGAUGAAAUGUCACCGUUCUCUUUUUAGUUUAGUUUUCCUCUCACUAAAAUAGGAACAAAAUUUUCUGAAGCUCCAUUUCCAUAGGAGUAUUGCCUCCUGCCUCAGGUAUCAGCUCAAGCAUGACACCUCUCUCAGGCCUUCUUUUCAUUCCUCCUUCACAAUAGACUCAUGCUGGCAUUAUACAACUCUGCAUUGCACUGCAGUUUGAUUCUCUAAAUUUUCUGUGAUUUGCUUAAUGGGUGGGAACCAUGUUUUACUCACCUUAUCUCCAAACUCUAGUAAAUCUUUCCUCACACCGAGGAGAUACUUAAAAAUGGUUGGAUGGAUGAACGGACGAACAGACAGAAGUAUAGCUGGGUAGAUGGACAGAUGAAGACAAUGGCUUACAUAGAUCCUAGUUAGAUUGUCCAGCCAUCAGCUUCAAGGGGAACCCGACAAGACUUCAAGAAUUUGAUCAAUGCAAAUUGUUACGUGUCCUUUGAAGAGUCAGUAGGGACACCUUUGUAUUUAAAGAGAACAAAUGUUACUCAGAUUUUUAUACUUGUGUAUAUGUUUACUUCCACUGAUGGUAUGAGAAUGGUUUGUAACAAUAUGUAAAAAUGUGUUUUUUUAAAUAAUUUUUAUCCCCAUAACUUUUGAAUGUUGUUACUGGUUUUUAAUAUAAACUAAAUUCCAGA